AUUGUUGAAUCCGAGGCGGCAUGUAAUGUUUUGUUGUGUCUCAAUCGUUGUAUAUUCGCUGUGAACAAGGAUAAAAUUGUCUUUAUUGUUUUUCGUAUCUGAUUUAUUAUUUGAAAAUAAAAGUUCGUGUACAUAAAUCAAAAUGGAAACACUGGAAUCACUAACACCCGAUGUAUUCACUGAGAAAUCGACGGAAGUGCUUGAGACACUAUCAAAUGAAGCGUAUCGUGCAAAAAUUCCGUUGAUUAGCAAUUGGGAGAAUUUUAAUCAAUUGAAGGAUAUGCAACUGGUUCGAUUUCGUGGUCUGGUGCAGAAUAUGCUCGAUCCAGAAAUCUAUUUACAAUCGUAUCAAGUGAAAAGUGACAAUGAAAAUGUAUCACUACGAAAUGGAAAAUAUCGUGACAAUUUAAAAUUGCAGGCAAAUGAAGAAGUGUUAUUCGAUGCAACAUCAAAUGUACAUGGUGAACGACGGCCAAUAUUCAUGGUAUCAAUACCAGGUCUAAAUGAUUGGGCAGUGAACAUUGAAAAAGAGCAUUUUGUCGCAGACAGCAUGGACGUUGAAAUGAAUAAUUUGCAAUCGAAUGGAGUGAAGCGAUCGCUUGAUGAAAACGAAACAAACGAAAAUAUUGGUGAUCAAAUGGAUACCGAUUCGGAUGCAGUACGUUGCAAGAAAUUAAAUCAAUCUGGUGCUGAGACAGAGGAAAAAUCAACCACAAAUUCAAAUUUAUCAAAGGAAUAUUUAUUGAAUUCACCGAUUGUUGAUCGACCAAGCAAUGCUUGUCUCGUCAAAUUGUACGAUGAUGCUACCAAUGUAUCAUUAAAUGAUGUGCUUGAUGUUGUUGGUUUUGUGUCAAUGGAUGCAAAUUUGUGCGGAUCAAAUCGUCAGCCGAAUGAUUUUGAAAGUUUCGAUGAAAUUUGCGCAAUGAAUCCGCCACCAUCGUUGAUACCACGCAUUCAUGUGAUUUCAUAUCGGUCACUCACUCAUAUCAAUCCAUUGCUCCAUGAUAAUCGUCACAAUGGUGAAGCGUUGAACGAUCAAAUCAAAUUGGAUUGCCUACGAGAUUUGAGAACAGCACUUACACAAUGCUUAUUUGGUGAUGAAAUUGCCGCCGAUUACCUAUUUUGUCAUUUAAUUUCAACAGUUUAUGUGCGUGGCGACGAAACGCUGGGACAAUUUUCAUUAAACAUCACCAAUUUUCCACAUGGCAAAUUGCCCGAUUAUACAAAAGAACUUUACGAUGUCAUCGAAUCAAUUCUACCGGCCAGUCACUACUUUCCAAUUACAAUAGAUAACCUAAAUACCACCGAAUUCAUUCCGACCAAAGACUACGAAACAUGUAAAUUGAACAGUGGUCUAUUACAAUUGGCACCGCAUACACAUCUGGUGCUCGAUGAAACCAAAUUGGAACCCGGCAAAUUGGAGAGCCAUGGCAUUGAAGGUGUCAUGCACAUUUCAAAUCUCAUUCGAAAGCAACAGCUCAAUGUGAACUUUAAAUAUUACACCAUUGAUUACAAUUCAAACAUCCCUGUAUUGAUAUUUAGCGAAGGCAAAAGCAUGUUUCCGAGCAAUUGUCACAUUCCGAUCAAGGUUGAUGAGGACACAAUAUCUCUUAUAAAUGAAACGUUUGUAGCACUGAAGCAAUUUUUGAAGCCAAAAUUGAAUGUGAUUCGUCGUUUUCUAACCGAAAUGCGUCUGCAGGAAUUCGAUAUGAAUCCAGAGAAUACGGAAAUGAUUCAAGAAGAUUUCAUUGAAAUGCGACGUACAUUCAACGCAUCGGCUGAUGAUUUGCAUAUGAUGAUGAUACUGUCACGAAUGCUGGGCAUCAUUCAGGGAAAGAAAAUGCUUGACGCACAAUCAUGGAAUCAGGCGAAAACAAUGGAGUCUGAACGUCGAAAACGCGUUGAAGCACUGCCCAAAAUGAAAAAAUCAGCCUAAAAUUCAACGCGUUCAAUGCGUAAAAAAUUACAAUCAAAUAUCAAUUGUUUUAAACCCCAUUUUAUCAUUAUUAUUCGAAUAAAAACAUAAUGAACUCAAAGAACUUAAGUAAAAAAGAUCAUCAAAAAGGAAAAAUUAACUUCAAUAAAAGUUCAUCCAAUAAAAUGUAUUUAUUGCUUUUUUUACAAUA